GUUCCGCUUGAAGCGCCUCGACUCGUCGGACCGGGGCCAGGCUGGCGUGGGGCAGCGCUCGGCGAAGAUGGACUCAAUUCGCUACCUCUGCCUGCUAACUGUUGCAACAACAGCCUACGGAGCAGAGGUUGAAGAAAGGCUGAUGGAACACCUCCUGAAUUCUGAGAAAUACAACAAGCUGAUCCGACCGGCUAAGAACAAUUCUGAGUUGGUGUCUAUUGUCUUCCAGGUCUCACUGGCACAACUCAUCAAUGUGAACGAACGAGAGCAGAUAAUGACAACAAACGUUUGGUUGAAGCAGGAGUGGGUGGAUUACCGGCUCAGGUGGGAUCCCGACGAAUUUGAAGGGAUUAACAAGCUACGUGUAAACUCCACGCAGAUCUGGCUGCCAGACAUUGUGCUGUACAACAACGCUGACGGGAGGUACGAAGUCUCCCUGUACACCAAUGCCAUCAUCUGGUGCAACGGAAGCGUCUACUGGCUGCCACCCGCCAUCUACAAGAGCGCGUGCAAGAUCGAGGUGAAGCAUUUUCCCUUUGACCAGCAGAAUUGCACCAUGAAGUUCAGGUCGUGGACCUAUGACCACAUGGAGAUCGACAUGACCCCCAAAUCGGAGAAUGCAAGUAUGGAUGACUUCACCCCCAGUGGGGAGUGGGACAUCGUGUCCCUUGCAGGGAGAAAGAACACAAACCCAAUGGACCCAGCUUACGUUGAUGUUACCUAUGACUUUAUCAUUAGGAGGAAGCCCCUCUUCUAUACCAUCAACCUCAUAAUACCUUGUAUCCUCAUAACCUCACUGGCUAUUCUGGUCUUCUAUCUACCAUCAGACUGUGGUGAGAAGAUGACCCUCUGUAUCUCUGUGUUGCUGGCCCUCACUGUGUUCCUGUUGCUCAUCUCCAAGAUCGUCCCACCAACGUCUCUAGAUGUUCCACUGAUUGGGAAGUAUCUGAUGUUCACCAUGGUCCUGGUGACCUUCUCCAUUGUGACCAGUGUCUGCGUCCUGAACAUCCACCACCGCGCCCCAACCACGCACGCCAUGCCCCAGUGGGUGAAGGUGGUGUUCCUGGAGAGGCUGCCGGCCUUGCUCUUCAUCAAAAGGCCCCAGGGCAACGGCAGCGGGCAGAAGUUGUCCCAGCAGAAGAAGAGCAACUUCUGCUGCGCUCACUUGAGCACGGCGGAGAGGAACAAGAACCCCGCCUUCUUCAUGAACCCAACGUCGGCCAAAGUCUACGACCUGAAUGUGAUCGAUGCCCCCGACGGCUUUGGUUGUCAUCAGGACGUGAGGUUGAGAACUUCCACAAGGCACUCCCUGGACCUCCAGGAGGCCAUUGACGGCAUCAAGUUCAUUGCAGACCACGUGAAGAAUGACGAUGAGAAUCAGCGUGUGAAUGAGGACUGGAAAUAUGUGGCCAUGGUGGUGGAUCGACUGUUCCUGUGGAUUUUUAUUGUGGUUUGCAUCCUGGGGACGGUCGGAUUGUUUCUGCAGCCGCUCUGCCAAACGCAGUAUCACUGAGACCUGCCGCACCUGCCCCUGCACACGGACUUCCGCUGCUCUGGAAAUUUUUAAUCCACUGGCUUUUUUUCACCAGGAUGGUGGAGCAUUCUACAAUCGCCUGCCCCCCCCCCCAUGUCCUCGCUCCCGACCGAUCCAUAUAAAGCCGUGCUAUAUCGGGGCAUUAUUACCUAUGAAUUGUACCU